GUGUGCAAUCUGUGGUGUGUGUUUUGACUGGAGUUGAUCUUUCUAACCAAAAUGAAUUCCGAAGAUCCUCAGAACAAAAAGAUCAUGGCGUUAACAGAGGAAAGAAUACAAGAUAUUGAGAAAAAGAAAGAAGUACUCGAAGGCUUAUAUUGUCAAGCUAAAGAAUGCUUGACAAAAGCAGAUGGAGGCGAGUUUUGUGCUGCUGAAGUAAUGAAUCUUGUGGAGGAGUCACAGAAAAUUAUCGAAUCAGAGUUGAAAUGGAACAAUACCAAAGUGUCUUUGCCACUCAUUGAUGUGAAAGUACUUAGUACUGCUGUAAAUACUCUGAAGCUUAAUGCUAGUAGCAUGGAUGUCGAUUGUCGGACGUUUGAGACACUUGAAUGUUCUGAAAAACUUUUACCAUUUCUGGAACCUGGACAUAUGGAUUCUUUGUUUUCAUACAGUGAAAAAUGUUUCAGUAUGACUGUUCCAACGUUCCCAUUUUUAUAUGGAACACUUAAUGAGGAGGAAACACAAAAAGUUGUCAGAAGACAGAGACCAAAACCAGCAGAAAACGUUGAGAGUGAAAAGAAACGCCCAGAAAAUGUCACAACUUUAGAGAAGGAAGAGACUGAAAUUCAAAAAGUGCUCCAGCGUAUGAUAAAGGUUCUUCAUGCUGAAAGUGGUAAAAGCAAGAAACCAGUAUCCUAUUUCCAUUUUGUUGUAGACCCCAAGUCAUUUUCAAGAACAGUUGAAAACAUGUUUCAUGUAUCAUUUUUAGUGAGAGAUGGUGUGGUGCUUCUGACUUUAGAUGAAAACAAUGUUCCAGUCCUUGUACCAGUGAGCUCAUCUGAGAUAGCCAGGAGAGAGAAAACUGGCAUCACCAGGAAACAACUCAUAAUUGAUAUUACAAUGGACGAUUGGCAGUACUUAAUAAAAGAAUUUGAUAUACAGCAGCCACUGUUCAGACCAAGAACUGGAUGAUAACAUUCAUAGGUGCAAGUCAUAUUUUUAAGAUUAAUUUGUACCCAACUUAAACAUUUCAUUGCUCAAUGGAGAUUUGAAAAAUGAGACAUGUCAUUGACAUUAAAGUCAAAGGAGCAGUCUCAUAAUUUGUAACCUGAGACGGGUGAAAUAGAUCACUCAGUUUCUUUUUAGUACCUGAUGUCUGUGUUGUAUGUGUUGCAUAUUUUAACAAAUAGGUGUGAAAUUGUCAACAACUGAAGAAUGAAUUAAGUAUUCAAUGUAAAAGUUAGAUGUAAAGAAAAAUCACUUUUGUCAGCUGUUUUCUGUUACGAUCUUUUUAAAACCAUCUUCAGACGUCAGCUGAAAUAGUACACAGUUGUUACGGUGAUGAUCAGAUCAAAUCAGCUAAUAAAGACUUAAGUUUAUGCAGAGAGUUGGCUUAAGAUGACUAAAUAUAUGUAAAUAGUUGGCUACAUAUGAUUGAUAAAGCUUUGAUGUGUACCUGAUAAGUACAGUACAUCUCUUUUAUUUGUCCUA